AUGGCAGCAACAGCUGUUAUUCAGAUGAAACCAAAGAGACCUAUCAAUGGAUUCUUGAAUGUUUAUUGUGUGCUACCAAUGACCUUGCACCAUGUGUAAUAUUUACUGAUUCAGAUACUGGUAUGGUUGCUGCUAUCCAUGGAACACUUCAACAACAAAACAUAAUCAUUGUAUUUGGCAUAUACAUAAGAAUAUUGAAAGGAUAA